AUGUACGCGCGUUUGCUGAGAGAGCGGGCUUUGUAUGCGCAAGUGACUGGGACGCAACUGCCCGCAGCGGUUGUGGCCGCCAAGUUCGUAUCAGCGCUUGCACCACCUUUGAGGGGGGCCCUUGAGACGGCGUGGGGUCGCAUGCUUGGAGAUUUCACUGUCGAGCAAGUCAGGGAGCACGCCCUGUUUUAUGAAGAGAGACAAGUGGGCAGGACCGUCAGCGAUCUAGACAAGUCCGCAAAAUGCAGGAAGACCAUCAGCCCCUAUCCCGGCUCCAAGGCGAUGAAUGGGUCAGGGUCCAUGGCUGCCGCAGCGACUGAGCAGUCCAGAGUCUCUCCUAGUCGCCAACCUCAGGGCUCCUCUAUUCAUGGUGGUAUCACCGCCGGGAAUCGUUGUAAGUAUUGUUCGGAGAGAGGCUAUAAGAAAGCCGAUAAGCACUCCGACGCCAGUCAAAAUUAA